UAUAUCAUUUAGUCCCAUCUCUUCUUUCCCUUAAUUUGUGCCCACUUUGUUUACACAUACUUCACAACAAUCAUCAUCUUAGACACACACCCUCAGUCUUGAAAAUAAACACCAAGUCUAUGAAGAUAACAAAAGCCAUGAAGAAGCUCAAGUUUUGGUCAAAAAAGAAGAAGAAAAAGAGAGCACCUCUUCUUGAACAACCACCAUCACCACCACCGCCGCUCCUUCCUUGCUAUUAUCACUGCCCUUAUUAUCCAAUUCAGCCGUCAGCACCACCUUUGCCACCGUGGUUCGAGUACGAGCAGCAGAAGCAGCAAGCAGCACAUGAUGACUCAGUUUUCACAACAGAACAAGGUUCAAGUUCAACAUCAGUCAAUUUGAGUCAAACUCUUGGUACUGAUUCGCAGCAUUCUAAUAAUGUUGGUGAAAUCAAUCAACCAAAACAGACACCGUUGGAUAAUACUUUGCCUCAACAGAAUAUGGUUCCGAAUCAAGUGUAUGGUGCACCAGUAAUAGGAGAAGCAAGAACUGAGAGAGCUGGUGGAGCUUUUGGAUGUGUGAUUAAUUAUGGAGCUCAUUUAUUCCGUUGUUUCUUUCCUUGUUUUCACAUUCGAGAAUUGUCUGCAUGGAAAGGCUGAAGCAAAGCCCAUAUCAGACUACCAUUUCAUUUGCUGGAUAGUUGAUAACCCUUGCUUUCGAGGUGCGACCACCAAUUGUAUAAUGGACUCAAGAAAGCUAGGACUGGUUUACUUACCUUUUGCAUUUGCCUCUAUCCGGAAACUAAUUUGUUUCAGUAUUUUUCGAAGAGACACACCUUAUAUGUUUAUAGUAAUAAAAGUUACGUUGUAUAAAUAUAUUUAUGAUUCUUCCCUUUUAA